CCCCAGACCAGCAAGUCUUUAGAAGUUCUCUCUGGAAUGGAGGACACAAAUUGCGAGGAGAAUCAGUCAUUGACCGAAAAGCAACUAGAUUCAGCCUUAAAGCAAACUCUAAGUCGUUUGACCGAUUCAGUUACAAGAGCUGACGCCGAAAGCCCUACAUCUGGCUGCAUAGAUGCGGAAGUCAAGCACAGCUUUUCAUCUAAAUUGAAUCAAAACCAACGUAUCGACUAUGUUCUUCAGGAGGGACCACUGGAGAGUUUAAGCGAUUACAUGUUUGCCAUGACCAGCCAUUCGGUUUACUGGAAUUCAGAAGACUUUGCGCUCUUUCUUCUUCGAGUUAUUUUCGAGCCCAAACAACAAGGCUACAGCCUACCUGAUAUCCAAAAAAAAAUAUCAGCCCAAUUGUGCCCUUCCACGCAACACCAUACUCGAGAUUCCACUCGACUGGUCCAGCCUGAACUAGAGAAACAUAUGUCUGAUCUCUCCCUCAGUCGCGCAGGUGAUUGCACCAUAUCACAUGAUAAGUGUUUUGUUUCCAGUCCAUAUGAAAUUAACUUUGCUGAAUCAAGUAUCCAAGUGGCACAGACAUGCUUGGAUCUUGGCUCAUCUUCUGCUUCUGCUCCAAGCGGGUCUCAAACUCUCUUACCCGAUAAUCAUAACACUCAGUCUUUGCCCUUGAAUUCCUUCCUUAGGCGUCCAGAUUUCCCACAGGAAAAUAUUCAACCAUCCAAUUCGAAAAAUUGUAGCCCACACUCGGCCGGUUCUAGUGUGACUGCACCUCUUUCGACCACCCUUUUACUCUCGCAGUCACAGGAAGAAUCUUCAGUUUUUACUCCUCCUCCUUCUUCCUUCAAAAGUUGUCCCUCAGGAUCACUGGGCGUGACUGGCAGCAUUCUAACAACUUUAUCCCCAGCUUUCUCUUCAGCCUCAACUCCCUCGACAAAUCCUUCAUGGAUGCGCUCUCCAGCUAUUCCACCCCCUGUAGCAUGUACAAGCCUGGCAAAUCAGCAGCUCCUAGCAAACUCUGUAAUUCAGCCUUUCGAUUCAAAUUGUGUUCUCUCACCUUCAUGCCACCUCGCUACUCCACAUUCGCCUCCCUCGUCCCAUCCGCCGCUAUCAUCAUCAUCCGUGCACUCGUUAGGAUCACUCACUCAAGCUCCAUCACAUUUACUUGAAGCUUCUGGGUCUUCCAAUGUCCUCUCUGCGCCUUCAUCUUUUAUGCCGCCAUUUAACCACCCGCCCAGCUUCAUUGCAGCAUCUGGGACUCCUGAUAGUCUGCUUCGGUCAGGUCACGAGGUCACUGGCAAACCGUGUCUUCCUGCUGAAUCCUGCCUCCAAGGAGUACCACCUUAUCAAUCAGAGCUACAGAGUCGAAAUCCUUUUCCUGGUGACCAGUUUCAGAAACAUUCUUACGCUGCAGAUUGUUGUAAGGGUUUAAUGUGA